UUCGUCAGUGAGAUACGCAUGAGUGCAUGUCUCGUCCGCAUCUUGAUUUGAUACCCCGCACUAUCCUUGACCAGAGCUGUGAGGCAAGCUGUAAGCUUGUUGUCCGUACUCCCUGGAUCUGACUGUCCUUGUUAAUUUUCAUCCUCAUUCUUAUUACAAGCUGCAAUUCGACAUCGCAUCGUGGCCAGCUUACCAUGAGCAACAAGUCACCGUCCCCGCCAGUGGGUGGUGCUGGUACUGGAGUCAACCCUGAGGCAGGACAUAUUAGAGUGGACAGCGAGUUUGCCAGGCUGGAUGCCGAUAAUGACUCCGCCACCGGCGACAGCGUGGGCUAUCCGAGCACCACCACGUCCAUCGGGUCCACGAUUCUAGAAUACCGAAAGCUACACGGGCGUACCUACCACAACUUCGAGGGCGCAGAAUACUGGGGACCAAAUGAUGAUAAGCAGAACGAGGGCCUCGAUAUAGCGCACCAUAUGAUGUAUCUUGCGUUUGACAACAAGCUGUACCUCGCCCCGCUAGAGAACCCGCAGAAGGUCUUGGACGUGGGCACUGGGACGGGUAUCUGGGCUAUCGACUUUGCCGAUCAGUUCCCGUCAGCCGAGGUAAUAGGAACCGACUUGUCGCCAAUCCAGCCGUCGUGGGUGCCGCCCAACUGCAGGUUCGAGCUGGACAACUGCGAGUUGCCCUGGACGUACCCAGAUAACUCGCUCGACUACAUCCACAUUCGGGGCUUGGUGGGCUGCGUCAAGGACUGGGUUACGCUAUACCGCGAGUGCUUACGAUGCUUAAAGCCAGGCGGGUGGUUGGAACAACAGGAGUUUGCCCUGCCCAUCGCAGCCAACGAGGGAUCGCUGCCGGACGACUGCGUGUGGCACGACUGGGGUAAAGUCUUCCAGGAGGCUGGCAAGAGGACCGGCCGGACGUUCGAGGUGACAGGAGACUGGGAAGACUGGAUACGGGAGGCCGGGUUUGGCGGCGUCAUACAUACUGACUCGGUCAAGCUGCCCAUCGGCGGCUGGCCCCUGGAGAAGAAGUGGAGGGAGGUUGGCUUGUUCAACCGGUUGGGCCUUGAGCAGGGGCUCGAGGGUUUUGCGUCCUUCUUGUGCACCCAGGUUCUCGGCUGGCAGGAUGUUGAGGUAGCUGUCAUGCUGGCUAGGGUGCGGCAAACCAUGAAGGAUAAGUCGAUCCACGCAUACUAUCCCCUAAAAACUGUCUAUACACAGAAGCCACUAGCUUGAUAAUGCUGUCAGUAUGGGGCAUUAUGGCCGCCACACAAAUUAUGCGUUUCCACAUCCAAAUUCCCAUAGCCGUCGACAUUUGCAGCAGGUGGUUGGUUUGGCUCGGGGGUGUGGCUGCCGGGGGCCUGUCUGGUUCGGUCUAGUGCUGCUACCCACGCCGUGACCGUUGCAGAAUCCCACGUCUUUUGCCCCACCAAAAAUGACACGUCCUCUUAUGGCUUUCAGUGAUUCGACCACAGCGUAGUAACUCCCCGGGGUUAUAUGUAGAUCGAAUCCGCUUAGUGGGGGUUGGUGGCCCAACCGCGGAC